AUGACGAUCGUCCACUCACAGGCUGCCCGCCAAUUUAGCGGUCUGGGUUCUGAGUCCGAAACCACUUUCUACUCGGAAUGGCGUUUCUCGUGCAGUUUAUUUCCUCGUAUGUGUCUUCACAAGGAGUGGGACUCUCGCGGGUGGUAUCCCAAAGACGUGGCUGUGCCCAUGGAAGGUUCCUCACUCGGGGACACCAACGACUGUGGUUUCAUAUCCGACCUCGACUUCUCGCCGUCCGGUCGCCUACUGGUAGCCAGCAGCUCCAGUAACACUCUCUUUGUCCUGGAUCCUAACCUCGGGUCCCGCAGUCUGGUCCAUGUCGUGGAUAAACCUCACAGAAACGCCAUCUCCAAGGUUUGUUUCGUGGGCGACUACCAGUUUGUUUCGGGCUCCGCUGACGGUGUGAUAGGUUACUGGGACAUCAGAAACUCUUCAGAAGCCCUCAACUUUCUACACUUCCACCACCAGCCGAUCCGCAGUCUCCACUACUUUCCCGACAGAGAGUAUCUCAUCUCUCGUGUA